ACGCACACAUACAUGAACGAGCUCUAUUCGUAAUCAAUCUUAUAUUCCUUUUCCUUGUAAAAAUAACAAUAAACGUCUUAUCUUUCAGGCUCCGGUCGUCAACUCUUCCCGCCGGCGGCGAAUCUUUAAGAUGAUCCACGAUUCUCCUCCGCCGCCUCAAGAGGAACUCAAUACGGAGUCAAAAUCUGAAGGCGAAGAAGAAGAUCAACGCCUCCUACUAAUCUCCAAAUCACCCCUCCCCUUAUCUACCGACACCAAUCCUAACAACAAUUGCACCUCGGAUGACGAAGAUUUUGCGUACGAGUCUCAAGAAAAGAUCAUAAUAGACGGCUUGGAUUCAUAUUCUGAUUCAGCUGAUUGCAACUCUACGCCACCGUUCUCGUGGAAGAAGCUAUGGUUAUUUACGGGGCCAGGGUUUCUAAUGAGCAUCGCGUUUCUAGAUCCGGGAAACCUAGAGGGGGAUCUUCAGGCUGGCGCCAUUGCUGGUUACUCUCUUUUGUGGUUGUUGAUGUGGGCAACGGGUAUGGGUCUCCUGAUCCAGCUGUUGUCCGCUCGGAUUGGGGUGGCUACCGGGAAGCACCUUGCGGAGCUUUGUAGAGAGGAAUAUCCUAAGUGGGCUGGAUUGCUGUUGUGGUUCAUGGCCGAGGUAGCGUUAAUUGGAGCUGACAUUCAAGAAGUGAUUGGCAGUGCCAUUGCUAUACAGAUUCUUAGCAAUGGGGUUCUUCCGAUUUGGGUUGGAGUUAUCAUCACUGCUUCUGAUUGUUUCAUGUUUUUACUUCUUGAGAACUAUGGAGUGAGGAAUUUGGAAGCUGUUUUUGCAGUUCUCAUCUCAACUAUGGGACUAUCAUUUGCAUGGAUGUUUGCUGAUGCACAACCUAGUGGAAAAGAACUUCUAAUAGGUCUUUUGGUUCCAAAACUCAGCUCAAGAACAAUUAGACAAGCAGUUGGAGUAGUAGGGUGUGUCAUAAUGCCUCACAAUGUAUUCCUCCAUUCUGCUUUAGUCCAAUCAAGAAAAAUCGACCCAAAGAAGAAAGGAAGAGUACAAGAAGCAAUCAAUUACUACACAAUCGAGUCAUCUGCUGCACUUUUGGUUUCUUUCAUGAUCAAUCUAUUUGUGACUACUGUAUUUGCUAAAGGGUUUUAUGGAACUAAACAAGCUGAUAGUAUAGGGCUUGUGAAUGCUGGACAAUAUCUUGAAAAGAAAUAUGGAGGAGGGUUUAUGCCAGUUUUGUAUAUUUGGGGAAUUGGGUUAUUAGCAGCUGGACAAAGUAGUACAAUCACAGGUACUUAUGCUGGUCAAUUUAUCAUGGGUGGAUUUCUUAACCUUCGUUUGAAGAAAUGGUUGAGGGCUUUGAUAACUAGAAGUUGUGCAAUUGUUCCAACUAUGAUUGUAGCUCUUGUUUUCAACAAAUCAGAAGCUUCACUUGAUGUGCUGAAUGAAUGGCUUAAUGUUCUUCAGUCUAUUCAGAUCCCUUUUGCUCUUAUUCCACUUUUGACCUUGGUGUCUAAAGAGGAAAUCAUGGGUGUCUUCAAAAUUGGACCUACUUUAGAGAGAAUUGCAUGGAGUGUAGCUGCUUUAGUGAUGGUGAUCAAUGGGUACCUUUUGCUUGACUUUUUUGUGGCUGAGGUCAACGGGUUCUUGUUUGGAUUUUUGGCCAUGACAUGUACGGGGGCGUAUUUGGUAUUUAUAUUAUAUCUCAUAAAUCAUGGAGAUUGUCUACCUUCUAUAUUGUUUAGCCACUUACUCAAUAAAGGGUAUGCCUAUAUUGGAAAAUAAACACCAUGGCUUAAUCUUCUUGUGUGCCAUAUAACCCCAUUGACUAUUGACCUUUUUCCAAAUCGAAGAUUGGUGUUUUUAGAAAUGUUAAUCCAUUUUUCUAUAACAAUCUUCAUUCGCAUCAAUGGGCUGUUAACAACAUGAUGGGUAUUGAUUGAAGUUUACACAACAAGAAAUGAGAAGAUAGUAUUGACUGUUUAUAGAAUAACCAUUGACCAAGUAAGUGUCUUGAAAAGCUUUGUUAUAUUUGUAUUUGAUUUGUGUAGAAUGGGGAAAACUUGUGGAAGCAGUGGGUUUUUUUGGUAGUGUAAGUAAAAUUUUAGCGAACACAAAGUAGAUAUGAACAUUUUGGUAGGUUUGAGUAUUUUGUUGUGUUGAAUAUGUUUCAAAGCACCUUAAAUUUGCAUGGGUUGUGUCAAGAUUUGAUUUGUUGAUUAUAUACAUGAUUUAAGUUGAUCUA